AUGACUCUCCCAAACCCUAUCUUCAUCGUAGCGAUGGGAGUCAGUGGUGCAGGCAAGAGUACACUAGGAGCCGCAUUGGCCAAAGCGAUCCAAGUCCCGUAUGUAGAUGGAGAUGACCUUCAUCCACCAGAAAAUGUCGCGAAAAUGGCGAAUGGAAUUCCUCUAGACGACCAGGAUCGCGCGCCGUGGCUGAGGAAGAUCCGGCAAGAGGGCGUCGAAGCGUGCAAGCAGCACGAAGAUGCAGUAGAAGGAGAUGCUGGGAAGCAACGAGGAUUGGUGAUUGGAUGUUCAGCACUCAAGCGGUCGUAUCGCGACGUCCUUCGAGGACAAGAAGACGAGGACAACACCAUUCAAGAUGAUGUUCAUCCAAAACACGAUCCUUUCCAGUUUCCGACACGCUUUGUGUUCAUUUCUGGAACGAGGGACGAGCUGUUCAAGCGAAUGGAGGCACGAAAGGGCCACUAUAUGAAAGCUGCAAUGCUGGAAAGUCAGCUAGCAACAUUGGAGACACCAGAUCCCAGCACAGAAGAGGGGAUUGUCGUCGUAGAUUUGCUGGACACGACCGAAACUCAAGUGGAGCGGGCACUAGAGGGUCUAAAGAUGUAA